AUGUUGGGACUGAAAUUCGCAGCGAAGAGCACUCCCCGCUUCCAGCCUCUGUUCCGCAGACCCUUCAGCGGGACGUCGUUUGUGCUAAAGAGCAAGGGCAAAAAAUCCUCCGAUGUCGAGGAAAUAAACCCGUCAGCUAUAUUGAAAGAUGUCGACACACAGUUCCAGUCUGUCUUGGACAAGUAUAAGAAAAAAAUCACAGAGAUCAAACUGGGCAAGGCAGACCCCCAGAUCUUCAACAAACUCAAAGUCAGGGUCGAAAACGGGACCGCUCUGUUCACAGACAUUGCUCAGACCACCCUGAAAGGAAAGUUUCUCACCAUCACCGUAUUUGACCCGAAGAACAGCAAACGGAUCAUCAGUGCCAUUUUGGGCGCCAAUUUGAACCUGAAUGCUGAAGAAGACCCAAAGAACCCGCAGCUUCUGCGGGUUGCUCUGCCCUCCACCACCAAGGAGCUGAAAGAGAAACAGGCCAAGGAACUAAAGGAAAACUUCAACACUUUCAAAGCUGGCUCCGCAAGCAUCCGUGCACAGGUGCUCAAGGACCUCAAGAAAGUGCGCGGCUCUGCCGACACGCUCAAGAAACUGCUGAACGACAUUGAGAAAACACACAAGAACUACACAGAAAAACUCACACUCGCGUACAAAGAGGCAGAAAAGAGCCUGAAAUAA